UUGUACAGAGAAAAAGAGAGCGCCAUAAAUGCAAAGCUCAACCACCACUGCCUGCGUACUAAGUAGUUGCUGGUAUAUUAAACCCCAACCACAAUGCUAGCACAGAAGUCCUCUUUAUCUCCACCUUAUCUUCACAUCUCCAAAAGGACGGUUUGAAUCUUCCAUUCACAAUGUGGAACUCGGCGGAGAACUUGUCCGCACGGUCGGCGUCGUUCCGAGAGGACGGCGACGACGAGGAGGCGCUCCGGUGGGCCGCGUUGGAGAGACUGCCGACGUACAAUCGGGUUCGGAGAGGAAUUUUUAAGAACAUUGUUGGAGAUUCGAUGGAAAUUGACGUUGAUAAGCUUGAAUUGAAGGACAGAAUAGUUGUAUUAGAUCGGUUGGUGAGUUCGGUGGAUGAUGAUUGGGAAAAGUUCUUCGAUCGCAUGCGACGGAGGCUUGAUAGAGUUGAUUUGGAAUUUCCAAAGAUUGAAGUUAGAUUUCAGCAUUUGACUGUUGAAAGUUUUGUCCACGUCGGCAGUAGAGCAUUGCCCACUAUUCCCAAUUUUAUUUCUAACAUGACUGAGGCUUUGUUGAGGCAAUUGAGGAUAUACCAUGUCCAGAGAAGAAAGUUAACAAUUUUAGAUCAUAUUAGUGGGAUAAUUAGACCUUCCAGGUUGACACUGCUGUUGGGUCCUCCAAGCUCUGGAAAGACGACACUGCUGUUGGCCCUUGCUGGACGCCUUGGGUCUGAUUUGCAGAUGUCAGGGAAAAUUACUUACAAUGGACACAGUUUGAAUGAGUUUGUUCCUCAACGGACUUCUGCUUAUGUAAGUCAACAAGAUUGUCAUGUGGCAGAAAUGACUGUAAGGGAAACUCUUGAUUUCUCUGCACGUUGUCAGGGUGUUGGAUAUAAGUACGACAUGCUUUUGGAACUUUCAAGAAGAGAAAAGAUUGCAGGGAUAAAGCCUGAUGAAGAUCUUGAUAUAUUCAUGAAGGCAUUGGCUUUGGAGGGGAUAGAUGGGCGUAUUGUGGUGGAGUACAUUUUAAAGAUUUUAGGGUUGGAUCUUUGUGCGGACACUCUGGUGGGAGAUGAAAUGCUGAAGGGAAUCUCCGGUGGCCAAAAGAAACGACUCACCACGGGUGAGUUAUUGGUUGCUCCAUCUAGAGUGCUGUUCAUGGAUGAAAUAUCAAAUGGGCUUGAUAGUUCAACUACUUAUCAAAUCAUCAAGUAUCUGAGGCAUUCGACUCGUGCACUAGAUGGGACAACAGUGAUUUCUCUGCUUCAACCUCCUCCGGAGACGUACGAGUUGUUUGAUGAUAUUAUACUCUUGUGUGAGGGUCAGAUUGUGUACCAGGGGUCUCGUGACGCUGCUCUUGAUUUCUUUGCAUUUAUGGGCUUUCAUUGUCCUGAGCGGAAGAAUGCAGCUGAUUUCCUUCAAGAGGUUAUUUCGAAGAAGGACCAAGAGCAGUAUUGGGCUAAUCCCGACUGCCCGUAUCGCUACAUACCAGCGGUAAAAUUUGCUGAAGCUUUUCGUUCACAUCGUACUGGGAAGAAUUUGUCUGAAGACCUGGAUGUUCCAUAUGAUAAACGUUAUAAUCAUCCAGCAGCCUUGUCAACUUCACAAUAUGGUGUGAAAAGAAGAGAACUUCUUAAAACCAACUUUGACUGGCAGUUGCUACUGAUGAAACGGAAUUUGUUUAUCUAUAUAUUUAAGUUCAUCCAACUCCUUUUGGUUGCUUUGAUCACCAUGAGUGUUUUUUUCCGGACAACACUGCAUCAUAAUACAUUAGAUGAUGGAGGCUUGUAUCUUGGGGAACUGUAUUUUUCAACAGUUAUUGUUCUUUUCAAUGGCUUUACGGAGGUUUCAAUGCUGGUAGCCAAGCUUCGAGUGAUUUACAAGCAUAGGGACUUGCGCUUCUACCCAUGUUGGGUUUAUACACUUCCUUCAUGGGCCUUGAGUAUUCCAAUUUCACUUAUAGAGUCCGGUUCUUGGGUGGCAGUUACAUACUAUGUGGUUGGAUUUGAUCCCAAUAUUAUUAGAUUCUUUCGGCAGUUCCUGUUAUUCUUCUUUCUGCAUCAAAUGUCUCUUGCUCUUUUUCGUCUGAUGGGUUCCUUGGGCCGAAACAUGGUAGUUGCAAAUACCUUUGGAGCUUUUGCUAUGUUGAUUGUCAUGGCUCUUGGGGGAUAUAUCAUUUCAAGAGAUAGUAUCCCAAGCUGGUGGAUCUGGGGUUUUUGGGUUUCUCCUUUGAUGUAUACUCAAGAUGCAGCUGCUGUGAAUGAAUUUCUUGGGCAUUCUUGGGAUAAGAGAGCUGGGAAUAAGUACAAUUUGCCGUUAGGCAAGGCAUUACUAAAAGCACGCAGUUUGUUUCCACAGUGGUACUGGUAUUGGAUUGGAGUUGUUGCAUUGCUCGGAUAUACUGUUCUGUUCAAUAUACUUUUCACAUUUUUCCUAACGUACCUCAAUCCUUUAGAGAAGCGUCAAGCUGUUGUUUCUGAGGAAGAGCUUCAAGACAGAAACAGAAGUAGGAAAGGUGAAACUGUUGUAAUUCAGCUAAGAGAUUUUUUGAAACACUCAUUGUCAUCAAAAAGAAAAAGUUUUAAGCAAAGAGGCAUGGUUCUUCCAUUUCAGCCACUUUCAUUGUCUUUCAGCAAUAUUAAUUACUAUGUGGACAUGCCUGUGGAAUUGAAGCAGCAAGGUAUAGUAGAAGACAGAUUGCAGUUGUUGGUAAAUAUUACUGGAGCAUUCAGGCCUGGUGUGCUUACUGCAUUGGUUGGAGUUAGUGGGGCUGGAAAGACCACUCUCAUGGAUGUAUUGGCUGGUAGAAAAACUGGUGGAGUCACAGAAGGGAGCAUCCAUAUAUCUGGUUAUCCAAAACGACAGGAAACUUUUGCUAGAAUAUCUGGUUACUGCGAGCAGAAUGAUAUUCAUUCGCCUUGCUUGACUGUUCUUGAAUCACUUUUGUUCUCUGCUUGGCUCCGGUUAUCAUCAGAUGUUGACUUGGAAACACAGAAGGCUUUUGUUGAGGAGAUAAUGGAACUUGUGGAGCUUACUCCAUUAAAAGGGGCUUUGGUUGGUCUGCCUGGCGUUGAUGGCUUGUCAACGGAGCAAAGAAAACGCUUGACAAUUGCUGUUGAACUGGUUGCCAACCCUUCAAUAGUAUUUAUGGAUGAGCCCACAUCAGGAUUGGAUGCAAGGGCUGCAGCCAUUGUGAUGAGGACUGUAAGGAAUAUAGUGAAUACGGGGCGAACAAUUGUGUGCACUAUCCAUCAACCAAGCAUUGACAUUUUUGAAUCCUUUGAUGAGCUCUUAUUCAUGAAACGUGGCGGGGAGCUCAUUUAUGCUGGUCCACUUGGUCCCAAGUCUUGCAAACUCAUCGAGUAUUUUGAGGCAGUUGAUGGAGUGCCUAAGAUCAGACCUGGAUAUAAUCCUGCUACGUGGAUGUUGGAGGUUACUUCACAAUUGGAAGAAGUCCGUCUCGGCGUGAAUUUUGCCGAAGUUUACCGAAGAUCAAGAUUGUUCCAACAUAAUAGAGAGGUGGUUGAAAGACUAAGCAAACCAAGCAGUGAAGCGAAAGAGUUGAACUUUCCGACCAAGUAUUCUCAGUCAUUUUUUGGUCAGUUUCUAGCUUGUCUUUGGAAGCAAAACUUGUCUUAUUGGCGAAACCCGCAAUACACGGCAGUUCGCUUCUUCUAUACUCUCAUCAUCUCACUGAUGCUAGGAACAAUAUGUUGGAGAUUUGGUUCUAAGAGGGACACCCAGCAAGAUAUAUUCAAUGCCAUGGGAUCCUUGUAUGCAGCAGUGUUGUUCAUUGGAGUUACAAAUGGCACUGCUGUUCAGCCUGUUGUUUCUGUUGAAAGAUUUGUUUCAUAUAGAGAGAGAGCUGCAGGAAUGUAUUCAGCUCUACCAUUUGCAUUUGCUCAGGUUGCCAUUGAGUUCCCUUACGUGCUUGGACAGACACUUAUAUACUGCACAAUCUUCUAUUCCAUGGCCUCAUUUGAGUGGAAUGCUCUGAAAUUUAUUUGGUACCUAUUUUUCAUGUAUUUCACUGUGCUAUACUUCACCCUAUAUGGAAUGAUGACCACUGCUGUCACGCCCAAUCACAAUGUGGCUGCAAUUAUUGGUGCUCCUUUUUAUAUGCUUUGGAAUCUCUUCAGUGGAUUUAUGAUUCCUCACAAGAGAAUCCCUAUAUGGUGGAGAUGGUAUUACUGGGUGAAUCCUAUAGCGUGGACUCUCUAUGGCCUUGUGGGUUCCCAGUAUGGCGACACUGAUAAACUUUUGAAGCUAUCCGAUGGAAUCCAUAUGUUGCCCGUAAAGCUUUUAGUCAAGAAUGUGUUUGGUUUCAGGCAUGAUUUCAUCGGCAUUGCUGGAGUUAUGGUUGUCGGUUUUUGCGUGCUAUUUGCUUUUAUUUUCGCAUUUGCAAUAAAAUCCUUCAAUUUCCAAAAGAGGUGAUAGGUAUGGUGGAAACUUCCGAUUAUGUUGCUUAAGAGAUGCAUCCAUAACAGGUAUGUGAUUACUGUAUAGCAACUUUUAGUUGGUUCUUCCCAAUUUUUUCUUUGACAUGUGAUGUAAUAAUAACAUUUGAUUAACAAAUGUUGUAUUAAUUAUUUUUGAGGAAUCACUGUUUAAUGCUGUAAAGUCACUCAUGACUGCCAUACUAGAAUUUCUAGUGACAGAGUUCAACAUUGUUCACUUAUUCUAUGUCCAACAAUUUCUGCUUGCG